UCUUUUUUGCAAAUUUACUAGCAGAAGAGAGAGAGAAAUCAGUGAUCAUUCUUAUUUGCAAAUUACUCUUAGCAUUCAACAGAUUUCAGAAAUGGAGGUUGGCUUAGCAGUUGGUGGUGCAUUUCUCUCUUCAGCUUUGAAUGUUCUCUUUGAUAGGCUUGCACCUCAGGGUGAGCUGCUCAACAUGUUUCAGAAGCAUAAGAAUGAUGUUCGUCUCUUAAAGAAGCUGAGAAUGACUUUGCUUGGUCUUCAAGCUGUGCUAAGUGAUGCAGAGAGUAAGCAGGCAUCAAAUCAUUAUGUGAGCCAGUGGCUUAAUGAGUUUCGACAUGCUGUCGACUCUGCUGAAAACUUAAUGGAAGAGGUCAACUAUGAGGCUUUGAGACUUAAGGUUGAAGGUCAGCAUCAAAAUCUUGCAGAAACUAGCAACCAGCAAGUAAGUGACCUUAACCUGUGCUUGAGUGAUGAUUUUUUCCUUAACAUAAAGGAGAAGUUGGAAGACACUAUUGAAACAUUGAAAGAUUUGCAAGAGCAAAUUGGUGACCUUGGCUUAAAGGAGAAUUUUGGUUCGACUAAACAAGAAACUAGAACACCUUCAACUUCUUUGGUUGAUGAUUCUGAUAUCUUUGGUAGGCACAAGGAAAUAGAGGAUUUGAUUGUCCGUUUAUUGUCUGAAGAUGCAAAUGGAAAAAAUCUGGCUGUAGUUCCUAUCGUUGGAAUGGGCGGCGUGGGUAAGACAACACUUGCUAAAGCCGUUUACAAUGAUGCAAAGGUGAAGGACCAUUUUGGUUUGAAAGCUUGGUUUUGUGUUUCUGAGGCAUAUGAUGCUUUCAGAAUAACAAAAGGGUUACUUCAAGAAAUUGGCUUAAAGGUUGAUGACAAUCUUAAUCAGCUACAAGUCAAAUUGAAGGAAAGCCUGAAGGGAAAGAAGUUUCUUGUUGUCCUUGAUGAUGUGUGGAAUGAUAACUAUAACGAGUGGGAUGACUUGAGAAAUCUUUUUGUACAAGGAGAUUUGGGAAGUAAGAUCAUUGUAACUACACGUAAGGAGAAUGUUGCCUCGAUGAUGGGUAGCGGAGCAAUCAACAUGGGAACUCUGUCUAGUGAAGUCUCUUGGGCUUUAUUCAAACGGCAUGCACUAGAAAACAGGGAUCCUGAGGAACAUCCAGAAUUUGAAGAGGUUGGAAGAAAAAUUGCAGACAAGUGCAAAGGGUUGCCUUUAGCUCUAAAGGCACUUGCUGGUACUUUACGCUGCAAAUCAGAGGUGGAUGAGUGGAGAGACAUUUUAAGAAGCGAAAUUUGGGAGCUUCCAAGUUGUUUGAAUGGUAUAUUACCAGCGUUGAUGUUGAGCUACAAUGAUCUUCCUGCAUAUUUGAAGCAAUGUUUUGCUUAUUGUGCAAUAUAUCCCAAAGAUUCUCCAUUCUGCAAAGACCAAGUUAUUCACUUGUGGAUUGCUAAUGGUCUUGUACAACAGUUUCGUUCAGGUAAUCAAUAUUUUCUUGAGUUGAGAUCAAGAUCACUAUUCGAAAUGGUUCCAGCGUCUUCUAAAAGAGACGUAGAGAAAUUCUUAAUGCAUGACCUUGUGAAUGAUUUGGCCCAAAUUGCAUCUUCUAAACUUUGUAUUAGGUUGGAAGAGAACAAAGGAUCUCAUAUGUUAGAACAAAGUCAGCAUAUGUCCUAUUCCAAAUCAGAGCAGCUGAGGACAUUGAUUCCAGUCUACUCAUAUCAGCUAAGCAAGAGGGUGAUGCAUAACAUACUGCAUAACGUAUCGACAAGACUAACAUCCUUAAGGGCAUUAUCAUUGUCACAUUAUCCGUUUGUGGAGUUGCCGGAUGACUUGUUUAUCAAAUUAAAGCUCCUGAGACUUUUGGACCUUUCCUCGACAAUGAUUGAAAAGUUGCCAGAUUCCAUUUGUGUGUUGUAUAACUUGGAGACACUUCUCUUGUCAUAUUGUUCUUCUCUUGAGGAGCUACCACUGCAGAUGGAGAAGUUGAUUAACUUGCAUCAUCUUGACAUAAGCAACACUUAUCGGUUGAAGAUGCCGCUACAUCUGAGCAAGUUGAAAAGUCUCCAUGUGCUAGUGGGAGCCACGUUUCAUCUAGGCGGUCCUGGUGGAUCGAGCAUGGAAGAUUUGGGUGAACUGCAUAACUUGUAUGGAUCUCUAUCAAUAGCGUUGCAAAAUGUGGUUGAUAGAAGGGAAGCUUUGAAGGCAAAGAUGAGGGAGAAGAAUCAUGUUGACACGUUAACUUUGCAUUGGAGUGAACGUAGUACUGCUGACAAUUCACAAACUGAAAGAGACAUAGUUGAUGAGCUACGUCCACACACAAACAUAAAACAAGUCGAAAUCACCGGAUAUAGAGGGACAAAAUUUCCAAAUUGGCUAGCUGAUCAUUCAUUUCUUAAGCUGGUGAAAUUGUCUCUUAGCUACUGCCAGGACUGUUAUUCCUUGCCAGCACUAGGACAACUCCCUUGUUUGAAAUUCCUUUCCAUUAGUGAGAUGAAUGGAAUAACAGAGGUAACGGAAGAAUUCUAUGGCAGUUCAUCCUCCAAAAAGCCUUUUAACUCUCUUGAGAAGCUUAAAUUUAAAGCUAUGCCGGAGUGGAAGCAAUGGCACAAACUAGGAAGUGGCGAGUUCCCUAAACUUGAGAAGCUUUCAAUUAAAAAUUGUCCGGAGUUGGUGGGGAAGUUGCCUGAAAAUCUUUGUUCUCUGAAAGAAUUGAGAAUUUCAAAAUGUCCUGAACUCAAUUUGGAUAAAUCCCAACUUGAGGGAAUGAAGCAGAUUGUUGAAUUAGAUAUUGUUGGUUGUAACUCUCUUACCCCCUUACCUUUUAGCAUACUACCCAGUUCCCUGAAGAUAAUGAGAAUAUCUUGUUGCGAGGAACUGAAAUCGGAGGAGCCAGUUGGUGAGACGAGUUAUUGUAAUAUGUUUCUGGAGGAUUUGACACUGGAAGAAUGUGAUUGUAUAGAUGAUAUAUCACCUGAGUUGCUCCCAAGAGCACGCGAAUUGACAGUUUACUGUUGCCCCAAUCUUACUCGGUUUAUGAUUCCUACUGCCCCUGAAGGAAUCAAUUUUUUGAGUUGUGAUUAUCUUGAAAAACUUUCGGUGCCAUGUGGGGGGACCCAGAUAACGUCAUUGCAUAUUUGGUACUGUUCGAAGCUGAAGUGGCUGCCAGAACGUAUGCAGGAACUCCUUCCAUCUCUUAAGAAACUACAACUGGAAUAUUGUCCAGCAAUAGAGUCCUUUCCUGAUGGAGGAUUGCCCUUCAAUUUACAACAACUUGGGAUCAUUCAUUGCACGAAACUGGUGAAUGGACGAAAGGAGUGGCUUUUACCGAGACUCAUAAAGUUAGAGAUCCAAAAUGAUGGCAGUGAUGAAGAGAUCGAACAUUGGGAGUUGCCUUCCUCUAUUACAACUCUUAGCAUAUACAAUCUGAAAACACUAAGCAGCCAGGAUCUCAAAAGCCUCACCUCUCUUAAAUAUCUAUCUACUGGUUAUUUACCUCAAAUUCAGUCAAUGUUGGAAGAAGGGCGGCUUCCCUCCUCUCUUUCUGAGCUAAGGUUAAGUUACCAUAAUGAGCUCCGUUCACUACAUCUUUGGCACCUCACUUCGCUUCAAAGUCUACGCAUCGUUCAUUGCCAUAAUCUCCAAUCACUUUCCGAAUCAGCACUGCCCUCCUCCCUCUCUGAGCUGGCCAUCCAUGCCUGCCUUGGGCUCCAAUUUCUUCCAGUAAAAGGGAUGCCCUCUUCCCUCUCUAAACUAACUAUUCGCGACUGCCUAUUGCUCACACCACUACUAGAAUUUGACAAGGGGAAAUACUGGACAAAUAUUGCUCAAAUUCCUAUCUUAGAUAUCGAUGAUUAAUACUUGUAAUAAUUAUAACAAAUGGUGCUCUAAUAAAUUGUGGAGCGUCUAUUGCUCAAACAACGGCUAUUGACCAAAAAUAGCUCAUAUUUCCACCAUAAAUGUUGAUUGGGAGAACCUGUAAUGAUUAAAACAAGUGGUGCUUCAAUAGAUUAUGGAGGUUGUGAUUUCCAAGUCGUGCAGCCGUCUACUAUGGCUUCCUUGAGAUGAAGCAUGACUUGAUGCAAAUGGAACAUACAACUCUAAUGGAACCCAAAGUAAGGAGGUUGUAAUUUUCGAGUCGUACAACUGUCUAUUAUGACUUUCUUAAGAUGAAGCAUGACUUGCUGCAAAUGGAAUAUUCAGCUCUAAUAUACCCAAAGGCCGGAUGAGGACAAGACCAUGGUUGUUUACGCUUCAACUCAGUUUCCCGAGAAUACGCACAGUGUAAUUGCUCGGUGUCUUGGUGUUCUUGGGCAUAAUAUUUAUGUGAUAACAAGAAGGGUUGGAGGUGUCUUCAGUGGCAAGGAGGUAAAAAAAUGAGUUGGGAAGUGAAAUUAUUUUGUAAGGUCCCUUUGCUCAAGGUGAGAGAUGAGAAGGGAAAGUUGUUGAAUCUUUAAGUGGUAUUUAUUCAUCAAUGAGAGAGAAAAUAGAUCUACAUACAAUCAUCAAGUGUUGCUGUGAGCAUGCUAGGCCUUGUGCAUCUUCUGCAUCUAUUUUCCUCUGAGCAACUCGCAGAUGAGCUUGCCAAGG